GCUCAGCGUGUGUGCCUCGUGUGUCUCCAUCGUGGCGCAACAUCAGCCAAGCAUCGACAUUAGCAUCAUCUUCGGCCAGUUUCAUUGAACAGUAGUCAGUCAAUCAGUGGAAACCAGUAGGCGGGUGCGUCUGCGUCGCGUGUGCUACACUUGCCACUUGCCACUCCGGCUUUGGUUUUGGCUUUGGCUUUGGCUCUGACUUUGACUUUGUACAAAAUUCGAGCGGGUUUCCGAGCCACGCCGCGCUGCGCCGCGCUUUUGUGCAUUUGUUUUGGAUUUGGAUUUGGACUUGGACUUGGAUUGUUUCCCCUUGUCACGUGCUCGGUGUUUUCUUUGUUUUUUGUUGCUGUGCUGCAUUCAGUGGAGUGGUUACGCAGUGGCAGAAGAGAGGCCUAGCUCCAACCAACUUGCAACGUUUGGCGUCGUCUCCACAGCUUGGACAUGGUCUGACUGCAUCACAAACCCAAAAACUUUCUACUUGCAACUGGUAGCCGACCAAAAAAGAGAGAACGGAAAGGAAACAGAACGAAACCAAAGACAAGUAAACACGCGCCAACAACAGCAGUGUGGCAAAGUGUUGCAUACUUCCCAGCCACUCACCCAAAUAGGAAAGGAGUGAAAACGGAUAUACAUAUACUCGGAUACAUAUAGCCACACAGCCACACACACAUCUAGAGAGAUAUUGAAAAGGCGAAAAGAAGGUGGAAACGACCGGCAGCAACAUGCUGUCGUCAGCAAUAAAUAAAACAGCACGCAAUGCUGCCAAUACGUUCGAAUUGCUGGCUAUGCUUCUCUAUUGCUGCUCUCUAGUGCAAGGACAGGGACAAGGACAAGGACAGGGACAGCAGCAGCAGCAGCAGCACUUGAAGUACCAGCAAUUGCAAUAUCAAAUGCAGCAGCAAUAUGAAUACCAGCAGCAGCAGCACUACCAGCAGCAGUUCCAACAGAAGCAGCAACAGCAGACACUGACGCCCACUGCGGCAUUCGCUCAUAAGCAACACGAGGAGACAAUCGAUUUGCUGUCCACGCAGCCCACACAGCUGCUGCAAACAGGCGUUUCGCUGAUUGUCGAGGAUGGCAAGGGCUCAGCUGGGAGCGAUGGGAUCGGAAAUGGGAAUGGAAAUGGGAAUCGUCGUCGCACUGCCCAAGCGGGCAUGCGGAAGCGAAAGCGUCGACCCCAAUUGCCGAUGACCCCCAUGGGGGCCACCGAGGAAGACACAGGAGCCGGCUCCGGCUCUGACUCUGGCUCGGGUGCGGACUCCAGUUCGACCUAUUGGCGUGGUCAUGUCGAGGACGAUGCGGAGGCUCUCAGGAGGCGCAAGCAGCCGCUGGUCAGGGAGCCGAUGGCUGCCCUGGAACGAGAGCGGGACAAGCAGAGGCAGCGCCAGGAGCCCACCCACAGCAGCCCCCUGGAUGCCAGCGUGCAGGCGAGCAGUCCCAGCAAGGCCUACCGCCGGCCAUACGGCCAGUCCAAGAAGGAGCAGGAGGCGCCCACUGGGGCCAAGCUGCAGACAUCGGUGGACCUGAAGAACAUCCUGAAGAACUCUGGCGGCCUGAGCCUCAGUGAGAUCCUGCAGCAGAAGAACCUCUCCCUGGACGACCUGCUCAAGGGAAAGCAGAAUGCCCUGCUGGCCCUCCAGACCACGGCCAUAGCCCCGGCCUCCUCUGCCCAGCCACAGGGGGAGGCCCCGAAGAAGCAGACCCACCAGAACAAGCAGGGAGUCCGCCGCCUGCCGCCUGCUUACCUCAGCAGCACCACCACCACCACAACCAGCAGCAGUAACAGUAACAGCAACGAGAGCGAAGAGGAGGAGUCACUGAGGACCAGGGCCAAGUUUCCGACACUGCAGCGACUGAAGCUCUUUGGCAGCUCUUCGCGGGAGAGCAGCACCACGAGACGCACCUUGCCCACUGUGGGCCCCCACAGCACCGCCACCAGCACAGUGGCACCCAGCAGCACCACUCGCCUGCCGCUGUACAAGAAGAGGCAGCACAUGCGCUCCACCCUGAAGCCUCCGGGGCUGUUCAAGUCUGCCAGCAGCAGCAUCACCACCACCAGCACGACGGCAGCAACCACCACCACCCAGGAGGUGGACACGAGCACGCCCAUCUUCACCAGCACCCUGGCCAACAGCAUUGAGGAGAUCGAAGAGGAUCAGGAACCGGAGCAGGGGCAGGAGCAGGAGCAGGGGCAGGGGCAGGAGGAGCCUGAGCCAGAGCCAGAGCCAGACUCGAUCGAAGUGGAGUCUGGGGAAUCCGCCCACACGGAGCCACCACCAGCACCUGCCACAUCGCCGGCCAGCACGGCCAGCAGCACCAGCAAUCCCCGAUACCGACUGCGCAACGCCAGCAGCAAGGAGAGCCAGAAGCGGCUCAAGGACAACUUCAUCCAGCACCACCAGCACCACCUGUACGACAGCAAUGUGGUGGAGAGCAUCGAAGACGUGCAGGUGGCUGUGGAUGCUGCGGGAGAAGUGGCGCGGAGCAACACCACAGAGGCAGCAGCAGCAGCAGCACCCCAGCCAGCAGCGCAGCCAGGCAAUGCCAGCGAGGAGCUCAACUACAACGAUGACGAUCUGGAGAACUUCUUCGACGAGGUGGAGAGCCACACGCACCACACACGAGUGCCUGCACCACAACUGGAACUGGAACCAGAACAGGAACCAGAACGGGCACCAGAACCAUCUCAGGCCCAGACCCCAACCGAGAAGGAGCCGCAGCAAGCCCAAGUGAGCUUGGUGGACGAUGUGGAUGAUCGCACAGAUCUGCUGGAACUGAUCGAGGAUCGGCGCUCGGGCAACCGGCUGUUCAAGGUGCUCGAGCAGCGGAACAUGACGCUCGAGGAGCUGAUCGAGCACCGGAAGCGCGGCUCCAGCCAGCUGCACCUGUCCACCAUCGUGAGCGGGGGCGACGAGCACUCGCGCUUCUACCCCGGCCAGAAGGUGGUGCUGCAGGACAACAUGGACAUUGUGACGGCCUUCGAGAACUUUCCCCACUUCAACCUGAUGGACCUGAAGAGCGUCAAGCCCGACGAGAUCAAGACGGACUCGCAGGGCUCCAGCUACUUCACCUCCAUCAUAGACAUCGAGCCGAACGACAGCGAGAAGCCCGGCGGCAACCGAGGACCCGCCUACGCACAGACAUCAUCCGCCUCAUCAUCAUCGUCCUCAGCAGGAGUAUCCUUCAACCAGCAGCACCACCCACACCCACACCAGAAGCAGCAACAGCAGCAACAGCCACGCGGAGAGAAGUCGCUCGGGUUCUUCCCAUCGUGGAAGACGCUGGCUCUGGCCUCCCUGGCCACGGCGACCGAGGAGCGAAAUCCGUACUUUUUGCCACCGCCGCGACUGCUGCUCGAUGGGAACGGCAGCGCCCAGGAGGUGGACACGGAGCCGGAUGAGCAGGAGCCCAGCAGCAUCGACAUCGACCUGAGCGUGAGUCCCUACGGCGGAGCAGGAGGCGAAGAACUGAACAGUUCGCAGCUGGCCAACACCAAGCUGGCGCCGAACGACAAUGUGAUCGAUGAGAUCGAAGAGGAGGUGGCCCGGGCCCACGAUCUUCUCGACUUGGAGCUCUCCGGACCCGGCUUCCAUCGCAGUCCGGCGGCAGCGGCGGCCACCUCGGUGUCCCAACAGCACCUGGGCACCCUGUACGCCAGCAUGCCGUCCGGCAUUCGGUCGGCGAUUGUGGCCAGUGCCGCCAUCGUGAUCACCGCACUGGCCACCUUCCUGGUGAUCUUUGUGGUCUGCCGCUGGAAGCAGCAUCGCCGGCGCAAGAGCAGCUAUCUGAAGACCUACAACGCGAUGAAGAGCAAGCUGCCCCAGAUGGCCCAGACGGGCGCCUCGGCCUCGCGUCGCUCCUCUAUGCGCCAGCAAAUGGAGGAACUGGUCAUUGGCUCCAGCAGAGGAGAGGCGGCAUCGGCAUCGGCAUCGGGCGGCGGGGCGGCAGGAGGUGGAGCAGGCAUGGGCAUUGCGAGCAUCUCGACGGCCGUCUCCUGCUGCACGCCCGUCCACCAGCUCCAGCGCCAGAGCUCCAUGCUCUUCACACGCGACGGAUCGGCCACCUUGAGCACUGCCACCUCCCUGACCACGACAGCCGGAGCUGGUGCUGGAGCUGGUGGUGGAGCUGGAGCUGGAGCAGCGGGUACCGCCAGCGGUGCACCGCCACCCACAGCACCGAUGUGUGGACGUUCCCAGGGGCACAGUGGCAGCUCCAGCAGCUCGGCAUCCGCCUCGCUGGCCCUGUCGCUGCGCAGUGCCCACCAGAAGCUGAAUACCAUGGACCCCAACUCGCCAGAGGUGCAGGAGUAUCUCUUUGACACAUUGCGCAAAUCGUUCGAUAAUUAGGCUCUAGGCGGCUGCUCGCUCAAGUAUCGAUAUCGAUAGAGCGAUAACCGGCGAUAGGUUUUGCUGUUUAGGCCAAGCUUUAUAAAAUUAUAUAUAUAUACAUCCACAGACUCCCCCACAGACACAGACACAGACACAGAUAUACAUAUACAAAUAGACAGACAGAGAGAGUAAAAGUUAGAUGAUUAAUUAGAUUAGUCUAAGAAAUGAGAAUAAAACAUUUUUUUUUUUUGUGGUCAAGUUUCGAUUAGAGAAAUUUCUUCAAGCGAACGAACAUAUUCUGUGAGAGAAAGUAAAACUAAACUAAACUAAACUAAACGAAAGGACACACCAACAUACAUACAUAUAUAGAUAUACAUAGGUACAGUGCGUUUCAUAGCUGUGGGACCCAACACUCCCAUUCGCAAACUUUAAGCCUAAGCUCCAAGCUCAAAUUCUACAAAACCCCAGCCAAGACAUCCCCCUGUCAACACUGUCUCAUGGCCAUGAACGCUACUGUACUUGGCCCGUAGGCUCAGCAAACUAUCACUUCGAACUAAUCUAGAUCAACAUACAUCGGAUACAUACACACGAUAGUACGUAUGCGACGUAAUGCAACUCUUUCAAGUUCAUUAAUCACACAUACACACAUAGGACACGGCAUUCAAAUGGGUUUCUAAAGCACCAAGCGAAAAAUUAAAUCUAUUAAAUCGAAUAGAACUUAGCAAAGAAUCUUAGCCAAAACUGAAUAAGGUACAGGAACAGGAACAGUUGUGUUCAUACGAUCCACAGCACAGAGCCCAAAUCGAAUACUAGAUAGGUACAUUCGAGAACAAGAAACUACCACUUAUGAGGACAAUAAAUAUUAAACGAACAAAAAUUUAAAGGAAAAGAAAAGAAACAACUUCUUUGGCACUGACAACAAAAAGAAAAAAAACAAAAAAAAAACCAAAUUUUAAUACUCGAAUAAAAGAGGGAAUUUCGUAUUAGAUUGGGGCAAAUAAAGAUGGGUGUGGUCACAAGCACAACAAAGCAACAACAACAGCAACAAAGCAACAACAACGACACCAACUAAAUCAACACUAAUAGCAUAAAUGUUCAAUGCACUGCAAGAACAAUAAGAGAAUAGAUUUAUUUUUUAACUGCAGGCACUUUUCUUGAUUUUCCUUUAACCAGUCUCAACUAGGAUCCCAUUUUCCAUGCCCCAGUCCC